AUGGCCAGAACUAAGCAAACUGCCCGUAAAUCCACCGGAGGCAAGGUCCCCCGUAAGCAGCUCGCCUCCAAGGUAGCUCGCAAAGCCGCCCCAUCCACCGGUGGCGUCAAGAAGCCUCACCGCUAUAAGCCUGGUACCGUUGCUCUCCGUGAGAUCCGUCGUUACCAGAAGUCUACCGAACUCCUCAUCCGCAAGCUCCCCUUCCAGCGUCUAGUCCGUGAAAUCGCUCAGGAUUUCAAGUCCGAUCUACGCUUCCAAUCUUCCGCCAUCGGUGCCUUGCAGGAGUCCGUUGAGGCUUAUCUCGUCUCCCUCUUUGAAGAUACCAACCUCUGCGCCAUCCAUGCCAAGCGUGUCACCAUCCAGUCCAAGGACAUCCAGCUCGCUCGUCGUCUGCGUGGUGAGCGUUCGUAG